AUGCGCAUAGUUUUCUUGUCGGUCGUUCUGGUCUUUGUGAGCGUUUUAGCGGGCACGACAAAUGCCCGUUAUACCAGUGAAGAGACGGAUGAGAAAUCCAAGUCGUUAUAUAGUGCCGUAACUUCAAUAUUGGAUACCAGUGAGACAAGUAAACAUCAUCGUAAGCAUACUUAUGAUGCUGCUCCAUCACCCUGUUCUGGAGGUACUGGAGGUUGUCCCAUAAAUGUCCCUGGAUUUGUUGCCCCUUCACCAUGCUCAAAUGCUCAAGGUUGUCCGCCGCUAGCGAAAUCUGUAUCACACGGUAAUAGUAUUGUUUAUCCAUCACCAAGUCCAAAUGUAGUUCAUGGUUCUUCGGGUCCAUCAUUACCUUCACCAGGCUAUGGGCAAUAUAAUUAUGGUCAUGCUGCUCCAGCCAGUUCUUUACCUCCAAGUGGUCCUGCUUAUGGAGCUUACGGCUAUGGUGUAUAUCCUCCGGCUACGGGAUAUGUAGGUGUACAACCUCCGACUCAGCCAGUUCCCCAGGCAACAGGAUAUGCAAGUGCACAUCCUCCGACUCAUCCAGUUCCAUCUACAACACAUUCACUUCCACCACCUCCAUCAGGUGGUUAUGGAUAUUCUGGUUAUGGUAGUGGUGCGCCACCCUCUCAACCCGCCAAUGGUGGUGCAUAUGGCGGUCAUUAUUCCCCUGGUGCCCAUCCUGGCCCUUAUGGAUAUCAAGGCAAUCGUGGUUACAGCGUAUAUAAUCACUCAUUAAAAACCAAUUCAGAAUAUACUGAGGUGGGUUCUCAUACUGGUCCCCUGCAACAGGCCCCUGGUGGUUAUGGCUAUGGUAGCGGAUAUGGUGGUGGUUACAAUGGAAUGUUCAAUAGACCGGGAUUUUAA